ACGUCUCGGUUGGCGAUAAGAGGAGAGGCGAUAAGGGACGAGACAACUACAAGACCAGACGACUGACGACUGACGACAGACGGCAAAUGACCAGGUAAGGUACAGCAGCAAAGCAACCUGGAAAGCAAAGCAGGCCAAAACCCCCAAAACCAACCCCACCAGUCCUGCGAUAAAUUUGGUCCAAACUACCUGCCAGGGCAAAUUGUUCCCUCUCCACUCUUCCCACUGCAAACCUCCAGAGGGCCUUGUGCGCACGACUCUGCUGCUUCACGAUAAAUUCAUCCCAUCCACCUUUACGCCCCAACCGCAACUCACCAUGCCAUGAUUGCCUCCUACUAAGCAAUCUUGCCCGCUCCAACUUGCGCGCCGCCCACGCCAGGUGCGUGAAUUGCCCUGUACACCAUGGACGGAUCCAAUGGAAUGCCCAUUCAUAAUGGGCGUCGAAGCAGCGAUCGCGCAAGUCGCCCUUCAAACGGCCAUGCGCAGAUGUACAGAAGGGACUCCAAUCUCUCCACCACCAGCUUCAUGGAUGAAGUGGAAAUGGCCCAGGACGAGAUGUUCGCAGGCCCAAUGGGCGAGAGUGUGCCGACCAGCGUAUCCUCUUUUGCCCAUCGCAGAGGCCGGGCGGACUCAACAGCAAGCUUCACUUAUUACCAGGAGGACGAGGAUGAGCCUCUCCCACCUUCGGACGAAAGCGCCAUCUUAGACGACGAGUCCGAGCUUCAUUUCGGGGAAGAAGAGGGUUCUACGGAUUUCGAGGCAGACGAGGUUUCAGUCAUGAGGCGGUCCUCUUCUGGGGCACGUUCCCGAACUUCAGUACACGAUCGAUUGCUUAGGAGUGAUAGUGCUCGCACGGAGGGUAGUAUUCUCGGGCGUGGGCACCGGACGAGCCAAAAAAUAUACAUUGUGACGGAAGAUUUGACCAUAGUAGUGGCUGGAUUUCGGACAUCUACAGUGGGGUUUGCCAUAUAUUUCACCAUAUGCCUCCUUACAUUUGGACUUGGAUAUCUAUUGCUUAGAUGGCUCCCGCGGUGGCAAGUGCGUCUUGUUGGAACGCCAUGCCCUUUACGCGACUGUUCAUGGGUUGUCAUUGAAAAUCAAUGGGGUGAAUUUGUAGUUCAGGAUGUUGAGUCCAAGGAUUAUGGCAGGCCACUUUCUACCGUGUUUGGUGCAUCUCAAAGCAAAUACAUCCUGUCAUAUGAUGAAGAUGAUGACCCUAUUAUUGACGAUCUCCGGAUACUCGACUAUAGAUACAUGCGGUUUUCAUUUCAUCCUUUGAAAGACAGAUUCAUGCUUUGCAACAGCUGGAAGGACCCAACCUGGACAGAUGUCAAAGCUAUUCGAGCUGGAAUUGAUGGUGAUGAGAAGGAAAGUCGAGAGCUCGUUUUUGGAAAGAACAUGAUCGAUAUCAAGCAGAAAACCAUUCCGCAGCUGUUGAUGGAUGAGGCAUUCCACCCUUUCUACGUCUUCCAGAUAGCUAGUUUGCUUCUCUGGUCCGUUGAUGAGUAUUAUUACUAUGCAGCCUGCAUUUUCCUAAUCUCUGUUGUGAGCAUAACUACAACACUCAUUGAGACUCGCUCUACGAUGAGAAGACUACGAGAGAUAUCUAAAUUUGAAUGUGACAUCCGUGUGCUGCGAAAUGGCUUUUGGCGAUAUGUUCCAUCAAGCGAGCUCGUUCCAGGAGACGUCUACGAAGUAACAGACCCGGCAUUGACGCAAUUCCCCUGCGACAGCAUUCUACUAGCCGGAGACUGUAUCGUCAAUGAGAGCAUGUUAACUGGUGAAUCUGUCCCUGUAUCAAAAGUGCCAGCUAGUGAUGAAUCACUUGCAGCUCUCAAUUUGGCUGCUACAUCUAUUGCCCCUGAAUUAGCGAGGCAUUUCCUGUUCUGUGGAACGAAGAUCAUCCGGGCCAGACGUCCGCAAGAUGACAAAGACGAUGAGGCGGUCGGACUAGCAAUGACUGUUCGUACUGGAUUCAACACUACUAAAGGCGCCCUUGUUCGAUCUAUGCUUUUUCCUAAACCCUCGGGAUUUAAGUUCUAUAGAGAUUCGUUCCGCUACAUUUCUGUCAUGGGUGGAAUUGCUAUGCUCGGCUUUGUGGCCUCGUUUAUAAACUUCGUUCGGCUAGAGCUCGCGUGGCACUUGAUCAUUGUCAGAGCUCUGGACUUGAUUACGAUUGUUGUACCACCAGCUCUGCCGGCGACUCUGACAAUCGGUACGAAUUUUGCUCUUACGCGGCUCAGAAAAAAGCAGAUUUUCUGCAUCAGCCCUCAGAGAGUCAAUGUCGGAGGUAAACUCGAUAUUAUAUGCUUCGACAAGACAGGAACCCUUACGGAGGAUGGUCUAGACGUCCUAGGGGUCCGCGUUGCACAAAGGCCCGCAAAUCGAUUCAGCGAUAUCCUUUCUAAUGCUCUGUCAUUACUUCCUGGCGCCGCGUAUGAGCGAGAUCCCACCAUUGAAUACGACUCCCACAAAGCCGCACUAUACACCAUGGCCACCUGUCACUCGUUGCGAGUCGUGGAUGGUGAACUCAUGGGGGACCCUCUAGAUUUGAAGAUGUUCGAAUUUACCGGGUGGUCUUUCGAGGAAGGCGAACAGAAAGGCGGCGACGCUGAUGAUGAGGAACAGAGGGGCCUCUCGCCAUCCAUUGCAAGACCACCACCUGGAAUGGAAUAUGAUCUAGACGACAACGAAAACCCUCAGAGUGCAUCAAGAUCACCCAUAGAGCUCGGCAUCUUGAAGUCCUUCGAGUUCGUUUCUCAACUCCGAAGAGCAAGUGUCAUCGUCCGAAAGUUUGGCUCUCCAGGCUGCGAUAUCUAUGUCAAAGGCGCUCCGGAAUGUAUGAAGGAUAUCUGUAAACCCGAAAGCUUUCCAAGCGAUUACGAGGAUCUACUCGCAUACUAUACCCACCGAGGUUUCCGUGUCAUUGCCGUUGCUACCAAGCACAUCAACAAGCUGAACUGGGUUAAGGUACAGAAGAUGAAGCGACAUGAGGCAGAGUCUGGCCUGGACUUUAUCGGGUUCAUUAUCUUCGAGAACAAACUGAAGCCAAGCACAGCAGGCGUUCUCGAUGAGCUUACCGAAGCAGGUAUCAGGAAAGUCAUGUGUACUGGCGACAAUAUCCUGACCGCUAUCAGUGUUGCACGGGAGUGCAACUUGAUAGAUAAAACUGCGCAUUGCUUCGUACCCCAUUUUGCUGAAGGCGACUUCCAAGAUCCCAAAGCUGUUCUGAAGUGGGAAAGUAUAGACAACAACAUAUUUACGCUUGAUGAAAACACCCUCAUUCCAUUGCCACCACCAGCGGAAGGAGAUGCAUCACUUCCAUAUGAUAUUACUAACCUUCGCAAUUAUUCACUGGCAGUCAGCGGGGAUGUCUUCAGGUGGAUAAUUGACUUCGCCUCGCCAGAUGUGCUACAGAGGAUGCUGGUAUGCGGCCAAGUAUUUGCAAGAAUGUCUCCCGAUGAGAAGCACGAGCUGGUGGAGAAGCUUCAGAGCAUAGACUAUUGCUGUGGCUUCUGUGGCGAUGGAGCAAAUGACUGUGGUGCUCUCACAGCAGCCGAUGUUGGCAUUUCACUCUCAGAGGCAGAAGCAUCUGUUGCAGCUCCAUUCACAAGUCGUGUCUUUGACAUUACUUGUGUUCCCGAAGUCAUCAGGGAAGGUCGCGCUGCUCUUGUAACCAGCUUCAGCUGUUUCAAGUAUAUGAGUCUUUACUCGGCCAUUCAAUUCACUUCGGUCAGCUUCCUUUACGCCUCCGCAUCGAAUUUGGGAGACUUCCAGUUUCUUUUCAUCGACCUCCUUUUGAUCCUGCCAAUUGCCAUCUUCAUGGGAUGGACGGGUCCAUUCCCAGUUCUGUGUCAGAAGCGACCGACAGCAAACCUCGUAUCACGCAAGGUCUUAACGCCAUUGCUUGGACAAAUCGUAAUCUGCAUCUUGAUACAAGCAGUUGCAUUUCAGGCAGUUCGACGACAACCAUGGUUCAUCCCUCCCCAUCUUAACAGAGAGAAGUCAAAUGUGGAAAACUCUGAGAACACGACUCUGUUCUUGGUCUCCUGCUAUGAAUACAUUCUCUCUGGAAUUGUCCUUAGUGUAGGACCGCCAUUUCGCCAAUCAAUCUCCCACAACUUGCCAUUCGUCGUUACAAUUGUUGUCGCUUUGCUCUUCUCCUCCUAUCUACUCUUCGAUCCAUCGGCAGGGGUAGCAAAGUUCAUGCAACUGACAAAGAUGGAUUGGGACUUCAAGACUUUCAUCUUGAUUCUAGGAAUUGGGUACGUCGCAAUCGCGUGGACCUCCGAGAACUACAUCUUCCCAAGAUUGGCAAAACAUUUGGGUGCAGUAAAGAUCUUUGUCUCGGGCAAGCCGAAGAAGCGCAAAGCAUACAAGAUCGUGCUAGAAGGAAUGCGUGCUCUUCAAUAGAAAACGAGGUGUCCUGAGGAAGAGGGCAAUACUGUAUAUAUAUCAAAUGCUAUGUAUAAAUAAAGCAACAAAUUAAGCAUUUGA